AUGAACAAAAAUGGAACAGCUAAAAUGAAUGAUAAUCAAAUAAGAGCCGAAGGUAGAAGGUUAUUUAAACACUUCUAUAACAUUCCUGAUGGUGUUAAUCCUAAAACUCGUAGAAGUUAUUUAAAUGAAGCCAUAGAUGCAUAUGAAGGAUUUGACAUUUCAUCAGAAAGUGAGAGGUUAGCAAGAAUGUUAAACGUUAAUAUUGAUUUUUAUUAUUGUGACCCUCAACCAGAAGACGUAGACAUUAACAAGGUAGACUUUCCAUUAGUGGAAUCAAUAAUGAUAGAUCCAGAAUUUGAAACAGUAAAUAUUUUAUUAACACAGAGUCCAUGUGGAAAACUUCACGCUGACAGAAUUACAGACGUUGAAGCACUCACAGGAUAUAAAGUUUGCCCCUUUUGCAAAGAAGAAGUAUAUUCUAUCCGUGAUGAUCCAGAAAGGAAAAACCAAAGAAGAUUUUUAAAACAUUGUGAGAAAUGUAAAGAAAAUAAUGGAAGAUUAAUUCAAGACGUUCAAUUGCAAAACACACAACAACCAUAUGCACCACAUAUCACGAAACAGAAGAUAUAUCAGUGGUUAUUAGCUCAUAAUUUGCAGGAAUAUUAUAAACCAACAAGAUAUUAUAUUACUUUUGACUUCGAAACAUUAGAGACUAAAGAAGAAUUACAACUUUCUGAGUGUGCAACUUUGAACGCUUACUUAAAACCAUUUAUGGUAUCAUCAACUGUCAAAAUAAAGCCGCAAAGCGGCGAGGUCGUAGACCGUGAUAAAACAUUUACGAGGAAUUUUUGCUUAACAUCAAGUGAUUCGUUCAUCUCUGAUUGGAUUGAAUUUUUAUUUUCAACCUGUUCAUUAGUUGCUAAAUCAAAUAUUGAACAAUAUGAAGAAUUAAUGAAUACAUUAAAUGAGAAACAAAAGGAGGCAAUGAAAGAGCUUUUAGAUGAAGAAUUUAAUAAAGUGAAUAUCAUUGGUUUUAAUUCGGGAAAGUUUGAUUUAAAUUUAAUUCUUCGUGAUUUAAAUACUGCAAAAUGGAAGAUAAAAUCAAUGCUGGGUUCUUCUUCUCAAUUUAAGCAAGUCAUAGUAAAGAAAACAAACUGUCCAUAUGAAUUAAGAUUUAUUGACAUCAGAAAUUAUAUAGCGGGUGGGACAUUAGACCAAUUCACUCAAGAUUUCGGAAACAAUAAAACACGUGUUAAAUCCUUUUUCCCUUAUCAAUUCAUCACAUGGGAGAAUUACGAAGAUGAAUUAUAUAAAAAGGAACCAUUCACUCAAGAUUCAUUUUAUUCAGCAUUAACUCAAGAAACUAUAUCCGAUUCAGAUUAUCAAAUAUAUCUCAAUGAUGCUAAAAAUUUUGAGAAUAGAUUAGAAUAUUUUAUUCAUUAUUGCAAUAAAGACGUUGAAAUUAUGAUUGACCCAAUCGAUAAAAUUAUCGAAGAAACAUUUGUUUAUAAAAUUGACAUGCUUCAUAAUCUUUCUUUAUCAUCGAAUGCUUCAAUGAUUCGUUACGCUUUAGCAUAUAAAGACUUUAAUCCUAAUGAAAAAUAUCCUGAGGAAGAGAUAGAAUCAAGUUUUGAAUUAACAAAAAAGUAUUGGAAAUAUAAAAUUGAUUCAUAUAAGAAACAAGAUGAAAAGGCGAAAAGAGAUACUAAAAAUAAUGUUUCAACGGAUGAUUUUCAAUACUAUCACGA